AUGACAAAGCAGCGCGAGCUGGCGUUGGAGAUCUUUACGCCAUACGGAAAAACUGCUGGCUGUUCAGGCCUCUGGGCCGAUUGGUUUUUCUGCGUUUUAAAAUCAGCGGAGAAACACUAGGGCCGCAAAGAAUUGAUAUUCGCGAAGACAUCGGUUAUGAUCUGGCAGAGGUGCGGCAAAACCGAAACGACAUAGAUUUCUUCGAGGGCCAAGACAACAAAUUUAAGGGCAGAACCACGACUAUUUGUGUAUUUUGGGACAAUUCACUCAACUGAGGAAGACAACCCCACAGACAGACAGACACACACACACUCUCACUCAGAGGCCCAGGGGCUAGCGCUUAGCCGGCCUGAUGGAGGACGCAGAGACGGAGCUGACGUCAUCGGAGCCCGAGGCCCUGGGCGCGGACUUCAUCACCGUGGAGCUGGACACACAGCCCAUCGAGUACGUGGUCAAGUGGGCCGAGGUGGGCUCCAAGUUCACCAUCUCGUGCGUGAAGAAGGACUCCGAGGAGGGCUUUGUGCCCGGCGAGCUGAAACCCGAGCCGGACGAGAGCUUCUUCGCCCACUACGAGUCCGUCUACCCAGAAUGCAUCGUGGAGGAGAGUGUGGAGGUGCCGCCGCCAGACGAGGAGGAGAUGCUGGAGGACGGCCACAGCGACUCGGACGACCCGACCGAGCCCGGGGUCAGCCAGCUGGGCCACGAUGACGACGUGGACGACGAGGUGAUGCCGCCCCCCCGGUGGAGAGGAGGAGGGGGCAGGACCGGCACGCGCGCCCCCAAGGGCAGCGGCUCUCACGCCUGCCACGUCUGCGGCAAAUGCUACAGCCACUCGUCCAGCCUGUCCCGCCACGUCCAGACGCACGGCCGGGGCGGAGCCAAGGCCAUCAUCGCCGCGGCAACCGCCGCUGCCGCAGCCGCUGCAGCCAAUCAGCACAAAGAGGAGUACGGCAAGGCCGGCGAGGGCAAGAAGACGCUGGCGUGCAACGUGUGCGGCGUCCGCUGCAACGGCAAGCGCCUGCUGGCCAUCCACAAGAAGAGCCACAAGGCCAAGCGGCUGCACACAUGCAAUCUGUGCGGGAAGCACUUCAACCACAGCUCCAGCCUGUCGCGCCACCGCCUCAUCCACAAGGGCAAGGCCCGGCCCGGCACGACCAGCGCGGGCACCAAGGCCCCCCGUGGAGCCGCCAUGGUGCUGCCCGAGCUCAGCAUGGCGCUGCCCAGCAUGGGCAAGCCCAAGAAGAAGCGCGGGGGUGGGCGGGUCAAAGGUGGCAUGGCGGUCAAUGUGGGCGGUGAGAAGCAGUACCAGUGCACGCAGUGCGACAAGGUCUUCAGGAACUCCACGCAGCUCUCCAAACACCAGGUGGCGCACGUGAGGCAGCUGCUCAACUCCUACACGCAGGACAGCAAAGACCCGCUGGCCAAGUCGUCCGACCUGAAGAUCCGCCUCAAGCUGUGCUCGCGGGACAAGCCCAACUACUACACGCUCUGCAAGAAAAACAAGCGCUCCAAGGCGGCGGCCCGUGCCCGACUUGCAGCCGCGACAGCGGCGGCGGCAGCUGCCCAGGCCCAGUCUCGCAGCCCUGACCCCGAGCGCCCGUACGAGUGUCUCCACUGCGACAAGCGCUUCAGCAGCACGGGCAGCCUCGCCCGCCACGAAAACAGCCACGCCGGCGAGAAGCAGUACACGUGCAGCAUCUGCCGCAAGAGCUUCGUGCGUCUGUCCAACCUCAAGCAGCACCAGCAGACGCACGCGUCCGGCAAGCUCUACAACUGCCUGCACUGCGGCAAGACCUUCGUCCACUCCUCCAGCUUCUCGCGGCACAAGAAGGUGCACUCGGCCGACCGCGCCGCCUCGCAGGGGGGCAAGCAGCGCCAGAGGAGCCGCCCCGUCAUCGACGAGACUGCGCCCCUGGAGUCAGACUCUGAGUGAGAGGAGACCCCCCCCCCCAAACCCUCUCCUCUCCUCUCUCCUUCUCUUCUUCAGCGGAGUGUGUUUGGGUUGGACUUUUGCAACACUGCUGACAGUUGAGGAAAGGAAGA